AUGGAAAGUUCAUUUUUUGAAUAUCGAGAUGCAACUGGAGUGGAUGACUCGGACACCGAAAUUAUUGAUGAUAGUCUAUUGGAGCAAUCGGUAAUUUCAAAAAAGAAAUCUGCUUUUAAAAACCACACCGUUUACAUUGCCGAGUCUGAGGAAUCACAAUCAGAAGGGAAGUCUGACGAAGAUGCUUUGCAGCAUAGAUUUUCGUCUAAAUCAAUCACCCGACGAAGCAGUGCUCUAGCACCAACUCUUAUAUCUAGUAGUGACGAUGAUAGAAGCAAAAAGGGAAGCAUCAGAAGGCAAUCUGAUGCAUCAAAUAAACUUGUUGUGAGUUCUUCUGAUGAAGCAGAAAUGUCACCGGAGCUUAUGCCGCGGCGGCGGCCGACGAAAACGCCAAAGAGGUCCUCAGACUCCUUCAUCGGCCGCAAGACCAGAAAGAGGAUGAUCCUGAUAGACUCGGACACGGAGAACUCCAUAGUCAUUGAGCAUAACAGGAACACGAAGCACCCAUGUCAUAUGGACACCCCCGCUAAGAUAACCGGAAAAGAUUUGGUUCUCGAUAAGGGUGAACGUGACAAAUCCGUAGUAUCAGAUGGCGGCGCCAACUCCAGUGAAGUUGCAUCUGACAGUGAUGAGGAAGAAUCGAAUGAUAGCAAGACUGAUGCUAUUGACGAUAAUGAUAGUGGGGAAGAGAUUGACGAAGAAAAGACUAACAUCAGCAGCGUUAAGUCGACUGUCUCUCACAAAGAGGAGGACGGUGUUGUUGGAGACUCUGAGAAUGACGAGUCGAGUGAUGAAGGCCGAUCCUCCGCGGCGAAGAGCAGUGAGGACAACUGUGAUGAAUUCGACGAAGACCAGAUGGUGAUGUCUCGCGCAACCCGGAUGAGUAUAAUGGGCUUCGUGCCGAAAGAGACUCCCAGUGACGAUUCAGAUUUCAUACAGUCUGAUGAUAAUUCGUCGCGGCCAAACUCCGCGAAUAGCCUGGCGGAUGAAGCUGAACUUCACGCCACGGUACAAGCGACCCUGAACGUAGACGGGAACGACAAAGACGACUCCAGGCUGACGUGUUCGCCCAUCACUAGCCCCCUGAAGGACGUCACCAACAAACUCGACAGCCCAUUCAAAAACGAGCACAAACCCCUCGGCGAUAAGGUCGAGAAUGACGUGUGCGAUCUGACGCAGAACGUUUCGUUCGACGUUUACGACUUGACGGGCAGCAGACGCGACUCCAUGAGGAGUAAGGUUUUGGCAAAAAUGAGUGGUGACCAGCGGUUUAAGGAGAACGUGAUCGAUGACGACGUGACCAUCAUCGACGCGCAGCCGGAGGUGAUCGCGCUGAGCAGCGACGAUGAUGAUGCGAAAGAAGAGAAGAAGUCGCCCAAGGUGAAGAAGUCGCCAGGGAAGGCCGAUAAGCAGGAGCCGCGGAGGGUCAGCAGCGACAUGAAGCAAUACCUGCUGCCGCCCAGCUACCCCAACCGCGUGGUCUACGUCACCAAGCGGGUGCGGGAGAGCGAGCUGGCCAAGCUGCAAGGACUACAGCAGGACCUUCUCAACGUCCGGAAUAUAUUGGAAAAUAUGGACGUGGACACGUUGCCAGAUGGUGGUGUAAAGCUGAUAGAAAGGCUGACGGCACUAGAGCAAGAUGUCAGGCGGCAGGGCGACAAGGUGGCCUCUAUGUUGGUCGAGCCUGAUAACCCAACCACUGAAGAUAUCGCUAAGGAUGGAUUUGGGAACGCGGAAGAGAAGGGACUUUCCUGGGAAGAUUUGCAGAAAGCCAGUAAUGAGGUGCAGCCAAGGAUGUUUGGCAAGCAAGCGCUGGCGACGCACAUGGCCGAGCGCGGGCUGAUGCUGGAGCGGCUGCGCGACCUGCACGUGGCGCUGGCCUCGCGGCCGCCCGAGAGCCGGCUGGCGGCGCCGCCGCUGGCGCUGCGCACCCCGCUCAUGCCGCACCAGCUGCACGCGCUGGCCUGGCUGCGCUGGCGCGAGACGCAGCGCCCGCCCGGCGGCAUCCUCGCGGACGACAUGGGUCUAGGCAAGACCAUCACGAUGAUAGCUCUCAUCGCUGGCGACAAGGAGUCCGAAGCUGACGACGAGGAUGAUGAGAACGACGAGCCCAGUGGCAAGAGCAAUUCGCGCCUGGUGCGCGGCGGCACGCUGGUGGUGUGCCCCGCGUCGCUGAUGCAGCAGUGGGCGGAGGAGGUGAGCCGCCACUGCCAGCCGCACCGGCUCUCCGUGUGCCAGCACCACGGCGCAGCGCGCUCGGCGCAGCCGCACCGGCUGGCCGCGCACGACCUGGUGCUCACCACCUACAACAUCCUGCUGCGCGACGUCGAGAAGAAGGGGCCGCUGUGCCGCGUCCGCUGGCGGCGCACGAUCCUGGACGAGGCGCACGCAGUACGCAACCACAAGAGCGCCACGGCGGGCGCCGUGCUGCCCGCGGCGCUGCCCGCUCGCCGCCGCUGGGCGCUCACCGGCACGCCGCUGCACAACAAGGACCUGGACCUCUUCGCGCUGCUGCGCUACCUCGGCUGCUCGCCCUUCGACGACCUGACGAUGUGGAAGAAGUGGAUCGACAACAAGAGCCUCGGCGGGCAGGAGCGGCUGAGCACGAUCAUGCGCUGCAUCAUGCUGCGCCGCACCAAGGCGCAGCUGCAGGAGCGAGGCCAGCUCGCCUGCCUGCCCUCCAGGGACCUGCACGAGCGCCAGGUCACGCUCACCAAGGAGGAGAUGCAGGUGUACCAGAAGCUCCUGGUGUUCUCGAAGACUCUGUUCGCGCAAUUCCUCCACCAGCGCGCAGAAAAAAGAGCCGACGCAAUGGGCCCUCUCGCCGCCGGCAAAGACAGCGCCUACGCCGAAAUGCAUAAAAAGAUGGUCAAACUUCAAGGUGCGAAGCCAGUGAAAUCCCACGAGAUCCUGGUGCUCCUGCUGCGGCUGCGGCAGGUGUGCUGCCACUGCGGCCUCAUCGCGUCCAUGCUAAGCGACGAAGACGCGCCCAGCGAGGAGCUGGACGCGGAGAGCGCCGAGAACGACCUGCUUGACGAGCUCAACAAGCUCGUACUUGAAGACAAGAAGGGUUCCAAAAGAAAGAGCGGCGGGCGGGCGGAGGAGGGCGGCGAGGGCGGCGAGGAGGGCGAGGGUGCGGGGGAGGGCAGCACCGCAGCGGAGGCGGUGCGCUCCGUGCUGGCGCGCAACAACCCCGUCUUCCAGCUGGAGCGGCCCUCGUCCAAGAUCCAAGCCGUCAUGGACUGCCUCAACCAGAACGUGCUCUCGCGCCCGGGCGAGAAGGCGGUGGUGGUGUCGCAGUGGACGGGCGUGCUGCGGCUGGUGGAGCGCGAGCUGGCGCGGGCCGGCGUGCGCAGCGUGGCGCUGAGCGGCGCCGUGGCGGUGGCGGCGCGCGCGGCGCUGGUGGCGGCGCUCAACGACGCCGCCUCGCCCGUGCGCGUGAUGCUGCUCUCGCUGACGGCGGGCGGCGUGGGGCUCAACCUGUGCGGCGCCAGCCACCUGCUGCUGCUCGACCCGCACUGGAACCCGCAGCUCGAGCAGCAGGCGCAGGACCGCGUCUACCGCGUGGGCCAGCAGCGCCCCGUGCACAUAUACAGGUUCAUGUGCCUGGACACGGUGGAGCAGUCCAUCAGGCAGCUGCAGCGGGCCAAGCUCGAGAUGGCCGACAACGUGCUGACCGGCGCCCGCCACAACAACGCCUCCAAGCUCUCCAUCGAAGACCUCAAGAUGCUCUUCAACAUGGGCCAG